CUCACACACACACACCCCACCCCCCUCUCCUCUCACUCUCUCACUGUUAUUCCUGAGGCAAGACCAAGGAGGAACAGAGCUUUACUUGGUGCAAGCGAGUACUAAGCAAUCUCCACAGUAUAAUUCCUUUUUAAUCACCGCUUUUAAUUUUAUUUGCAAGCUAUAAGAGAAGGUUUUGCAUAUCAUAUGUUCUCUCUUUGCUGAAGUAACCAGUGGAAAACCUUUCAAGCAAAGUUCGGCUCACUGGGCGGAGAGAACUAACUAACUCACAUUAGUUAUAGGAAGCUGAUACAAGCUCCAUGUUCACACCCCCACUCUAGUCAUGCAUGAAUCCUCAGCAGUGCUCUGGGCCAGGGAGGGAAACCUUGACUAUCAGGUACAAUGGAUCUUGUGGUGUUGGUGGCGUUCAGCUCCUGGCUGGCUCCUACACUCGCCUCCGUGGCAGAUGAGGACAAAGACUAUGACAGUGCUUUUCAUUACGAUUAUGAGUCUCUAAGAAUCGGUGGGCUGGUUGUCGCGGUGUUACUGUUCAUUAUGGGUAUCGCCCUCAUUGUCACCCGAAAAUGUACCUGUUCAAACAGCGAUAAGUCAAGACCCAGGGGGCCUGAUGUGGAAUCAGCUGUUCCAAAGGAUUCGUAGACGCGCGGCGGCAAAGAGCAGAGGAGCUCUGUGUUACUGUCUCACCAUUAGAUGGCAGCAAAUACCUUGAUCACAACUGAGUACAAUCUUUCCAUGAACACAGCAUGUUACUGUGCUAUUUUUCUUCUCUUUUUUAAUGUUUUUAUCAUCAAUAAUUGUUACUAGAUAAUGUUCCAACUUUAUAUGGUAGGAAUUGUGUGAUUCUCAUUUGUAUUUUUGUGACUUUAAGAUUGAUGCAAAAGAUUAAAACAAAUGUUUGAAAAGGUUUCUUUCUUUUUGUAUGCAUCAUUAUGUCAUUAUUAUUAUUAUUAUUAUUAUUCCAUUGCCUUUAGAAGUAGAUCAGCAAACAGCUCUCGCAUAUGCUGCACUCCAGCUUCUGCUGACGCUGCAGACACUUCAGUUACAC